UUAAAUAUAUAAGUUGAGAUAUUAAACCACAUAAGUUAAGUGAUUAAGGAUGCACUUAAUCCAUAUGGAUCACAUUCGAAUUGGUCCAAGUCGAUUCAUAUACGUUGAUUUUGGAUUUGGUCCAUAUAGAUACGAACCAAAUCGGUCUAAGUUGAGUAAAUCUGCACCCCUACAAUAUGAAUAUUCUUUAGUCCGGCUCAAAAUGGAUUAUUCCACCUAAUUAGGUCCAAUUCAUAUGGGCCUAUUUGGGCUAAGAACCGGCCCAAUCUCUUGAUUUCACUGAUUUCAGGUUCGUGAACACACACCGUGCAGUGUCUAUUUUCUGGUCACUGAAUUCAGAAGCGAUUUAAUUUCUAAAACACUCACUGUACAUAACCGUAGGGAAACGGACCAUAGACCAGAGACCAUCGCCAAAAAAUUCACUUCGUGUUUCUUGCCGCCAAAAAUUCAUACAAUAAUCUAUCCGUUAAAGCUUCCAGCUAUUUCGACUCUGUACUCCGCUUCUCAUUCCUCCUGCAGCAGAACCAUCACACGCGAUGCGCACUCGUUUCGUACCCACGGACUACUCCACUACAUUCGACGCCGCCGGAAGCUGUGGUCCAGUCGAAACCCUAGGCUUCGUCCGCCUUCCUCUCCCUCGCCUUCCUCCGGAUUUCCCCCCAUUUUCUGCAAAUUUUCUGGAGUCCUUUAAUGAAACCCCAAUUUUUGGCGACUCUUGCGAAAGUGAGAAGUUACCGAUCGACGAUGCUCUCUCAAUAUUCUUCUCCGACGUCCUUCCUCACUUUGUUGGCUGCGCCAGUUUUGAGGAAACGGCAAUUGGCCGCGGUGAGGAAGCAACUGAGGAGAAAUAUGGAACAACAUCGAAUAAAAAGAAUGGGAAUGGACUUAGGUUUGUGCAAUUUGAAACUCCAGAGAUGGAUACAUCCUUGCUCCCAUCGCAGAAAAGUGCGGUCAAUUCCCAUAUACAGUGCUUGCAUAUUUUCUCGGAGCUUCCAGAUGCUCAAUUUCCAAUGGAUCCACUCAAUUCUGAGCUUAUGCUACAGGAUCACCCUGAGAUUCAGCAAUCACUAUACUCAGUUGAUGACAUGAGUGUAGAAUACUCUAUGGAGCAAAAAACUGAUAUGUUGGAAGAUACUAAUUCUGUUCAAGGAAAACUUCAUUCUCAUAACAUCAAGUUUCCUCUUUUUGAAGUGGAUGUGGAAAGUCUGGGUGUUCCUGGAGGAAUAUAUAUGACAGACGAACUUCUGAGUUUUGGAAAUAUUGAAAAGCAGAUGGUGGAACAGCCUGCUGAAAUAAUUAUUAACAACAAGGAGCUUCUGGGUUCUACUGAGUCUGACCUGCUAAAGUAUCUAUUAGAUCACUGUGUAGCUACAGAUUGUCUUGAGGACACAAACAUUUCAUCAGAAAUAUACUUCAUAAGCAUUAUUGAACUGUCAAAUAAUGAGGGGUACUCAACACUCCAUCAUGGAAAACCAGAUGGUGAUCUUAUUUGGUCCAUGGAGCCAAUUCUCUUUGAUGAAUUUUUGUUCCUUGAUUUGGAUCCAUAUUAUUUCUGUGAGGUACUUUCAGAUUCAGCAAAGAAGACUGAUGCUGAAACAUGUGAACUCAUGUUUGAAGAAGUCAUGAACUUCAACAAUUUCAGCCAAUUGAUUGUUUGUCAUGAGCUUACCCUUAUGGACGACUCUUUUAAAUCACUGCCAGUACCAAUCUUUUCAGAUAAUAGAAAUAGUUCAUCACAUAAACUGCUUGAGGAACUAUUGGCCCAGUUGGAUUGGCAGUCCUCAUCAGCAUCUGAUGGUCUGUAUCUUGAUUGGCAUUUUCUAGGAGCAGAUGAUUGUGAACCAGCAAAAUAUCCUUCUUGUUGGAAACUGUUACGGGAGAUAGACACAUACAAGACGGAUGCUGAUAUAAACUCGAGUGUCUGUGAAAAGCUGAUAUUUGAUUUUAUUCUCUCUGAAUGUCACUCUGAUAAACCAAAUGCAGAAAACUAUAAGGAAGUUCUGAACUUAUCUUGUAAUGCUGCCCCUAUAUACCAUUCUUCUGGUAAAGCAGAUUUAAUUAGUUCCUGUAAUCAAGGAGAUGGAAAAAGGAUAAGUGGAGACAUUUCAUCGAAAAACAGUGUUGAGAAGGUUCCAAUGUUUGGUGAAUCCAUGUCUAGUGAUCUAGAGUUCUUUCUGAAUCCUCGUAACUACGCUAUAGAAAGAGAAAGUAUAACUGCAAACACGCUAGUCGAUACUAAUACUGUAUGUCAAGUGCUGCCGACUGAUGAUUCUGCCGCUGCUAAUGGUACUACUGAGCUUCAACAGAAAUUGAAUGUCAAGCUAUGUCAGAAAAAACAUUUGGAUUCUCCAUCAGCCCAGGUUGAGUGCAACACUGAGCGGGGAGAGUUACUAUAUACUACACCUGCCAAGCAAAUAUCUAGCAAUGAUCCUGCAGAAGCCGUAAAUGAAGUUGACAACUGCACCGUGGUGCCUGUUCAAUCCAUUCCAGUGGGCUGGGAAUCAGAGCAAAAUCUCUCGUGCGAGCCUUUUUGCCCCAAAAUUGUUGUAAUAGUGAACACCCGGAAUUUCAAUGCAGAAAUGGUAAUUUCCAGGAGAAGCACAUAUCAAAGGAUUCUUAAAAUGGAACAAGGAGGAGCACAAGUUGUAGAACGUGACAUAAGUCUACCUGUUGAUGUAAUAGUAAGUUCCGGGGUUAGUCUCACUUGGUAUGACUGCAAAAAUAUUGGAAAGAAAGCUUCAGCUCCGGACGAGGCCUUUUCAUGCUUGCCGUUGUGUGUUGAAAGCAUUGCUGCUAGUAUUUUGACUGACUUGAGCUUUGCUUUCAAUUGCUGCAUCCUGAUAUUUGAGGGAGAAUGCAAUUUCCUGUCUAGCAUUAUGGAAUCAUCAGAUGAACUCUAUGCUGCGGCAGCUAGCUUAGGGAUUGAUAUACAGAUUUUUUGCUCAUAUUCAUAUGAGAUGACCGAAGAAAUUAUAUUGUCCUGCAUCAAGGCUACAGCAGGGAUGAGUAGGAACCUCUAUCCAAAAAUGUUGGACUCCGAGAGCCUAGCAGAAUCCUUUCUCACUGCAUUUCCUUCCAUUAAUCCUCUCUCAGCUCAUGCAAUCUUGUCUUCUGAUGCCAUACUUGGGAAAUUUCUGGAGAUGUCAAAGGGGGGCAAAAUUUGCGCUCUUCAGAAGUAUCAGGUUCCUGAUGAAAGUGUUGCUUUGCUGAGUGCAAUAACCAGAUAUGGGGAGCGAGAGGAUUCUAAAUCCGGACUGACAGAUUGCUCCUCUUCAGUAUCACUUCCAGACUCCGAAAAUGUCCAAUUCAAAUUGGAAUCUGAGAGGAAGAAACCUAAAUAUACACACAAGCUUUACAAUGCAUGUGAGUCUCCAAAUGACUUGUUUCAUAUGGAGCCGCUCAAGUUUGACCAACAUAAUUAUUCCAAAUUGUCCGUCCCAUGCAAUUCUUGGCUGUCAGAAAGGGCUGAGAUAUCCGAUAAAACAGAGCAGUUCAGUUUAUCUUUCAAUGACAAUUUACUCAGUCAUAGCACGGAUGUUGAUACUGACAUGAUAAAGAAGUCCAUGGAUAUGUCGAGCCUUAAUGAAUUUCCAUUGAGAAAAGGUCUUCAAAUACCAGAUGAGAGAGAGAAGACCUGGAUGCCUCAGAUUGACACAAAUUACAGCCCAAGAAGGAGAUCAGCUACGACAUCAAAGAACUUUAGCAGACAAAGUAUGAAGGGGACUGGGAUUCUGCAGGAGGAUUUUCCUGGUGAAGGUAUUGUAGAGGAUACUCCAGCAUUUAUGGAAAAUAUUUCUGUUGCAAACUCCCCUGGGUUUUCACCGUUUCUGCUUGAUGUUGAGAAAGACUACGUAGCAAGAAAUUCCAGGGUGAGUAAGCGACCUCUUAGUGCAACUAAUCUGCCCACGUUCGAAGAUCAUACUGAUUUACAUUCUGCCUCUGCUACCUGGGUUUCGAAAAAUGAUAAGAGGCAAAUCUUGAGGGAAAAGAUUAAACCACAUUUUGAUACCAUUAACAGAAAUAAUAGUUCUGCGGUGAAUGAAAAAGGGAUUUUGGAUGAGGAUAUGAUAGAAAAACUUCCACAGGAUUCCUAUAAAUUCUCUUUCCAAGACAAGGAUACACAAGGUUUUGGUGGCACGCCACUCUCAAAUGCUCUUCAUUCUACUCAGCAACAAGGAUCACCCUGGACCAUAGAAUUUCUUAACAGGAUAAGGGAAAAGAGUAGAUUGCGUAAGCAGUCUGUUUCAUAUGAUUUAUCCUCUCCUUGUUUUGCUUCCCCCGGGAACACAUCAAAGUUCACUAAAAGGAAGAGUCCUUCAAUUCUUGAAUUCUACAAAUAUGACGGAGGUAGCACCAAACAGAAAAUAGUUGAUAAAAAAAUACGUAAGAGACCUUCACAACCACUAAAGUCCUUGAAGAAUAACAAGGCUUCGACUUCGUAUCCUCCAUCAUGCACUCCAGUUGAUAAGAAAGCAAGACGGGCACUAUCUUUUUCGACAAAUGGAAGUGGAGGGCAGAGUAAGCUGGUUUGGAGGGAAAACAAUUAUCAUACCACGCCAACAAGAUUUUAGCAUCAACUCAAGCGAUGUUAUUGUUGACCCUGGUGCAGCAACAGAUCACUAUCGAGCGUAGUUGCUAGCUUCAACUUUUCACCUCUGUCCUGCAGAUACACAUUGAAACGGUCCAGAUAGAAUCCAAACAGGUCAAAUAUUGAUAUGUAUUGCAUUUAUUAGGAAAGUUGAAUUUGUUAGUUCAUACCGAGUUCUGUUCGUGAAUGAUAGAUGCUGAGCUUUGUUUAUAAAACUAGAAGCACAGUACGGUAGUGUGCAGGUAUAUGUAUUAUGAAAAUAAUGCAGAAAAUGCAUAUGUUUCCUUUGUAUCUUGUCUUUAAGCUGUUUAUUAACCAUCUUUAUGCAAGUACGGUGUUAGAAGAAGCUGUCAGGAGUAAUAAAGUCAGAAUUUGGUUUUGGACAAUGAAGAUUGCUUUUUAUCAGCUACAAGGGUCGUCCAUGAUCCUCGUCUUCUCUUCAACAUCAAAUGAGAUUUCCUUUGUAUCAAGUUGGUUUCCACAAGUUUUAUUUUCUAAAUUUGAUGGAUCAAUGGUUUAUGUACCCUCAUAAUUUGUUCCAAUAAUCUAUUGCUUUCCCUAAACAG